AUGCGCUAGAAAUUGGCAAAACACUAAUAAUGAGUGUUGGCUUCGCUGACUAAUGCUUUUUAUGAAGUGAUUGGACACAAGUCAUGCUCACAAUCACCAGAAAUAACCAGAUAUGAGUCAAUUAGUGUUAUUAUAUGGUUAUUAUGUGAUACUAUAGCAUAAGACACAUGUGAUGACAUUCAAAGAUAUCUGACAUUUAGUAAAUGCCAUUUCAAGUGAUUCACAUUCAAAAUUCAAGAAUCGGAUGAUAAUUCUUGAAUUAAACUGUUAUUUCAAGAAUUAACAAAUUCUUUAUUAUUGUCAAUCUGUUGACUAGUUUGCUAUUUGUUUGACCACUUGUUUGAUAAAGUAUUAUAAGUUCAUUAAACACAUUGAUAUCACUAUAAGAAUGGCUGAAAAGACAGAAUAUAAUGAAGUGACACAAAGUAAUGAUAAGGACUCUCCUAAAAGUCCGACAAAGAGUGAUAGUAUGAAUGACAACCCGGAUGUGGUGUGUUUGAAGCCAAAGAUGACUUUACUUAAUGGUAUAACAGUAAUUGUCGGCAGUAUUAUCGGUUCCGGUAUUUUUGUUUCACCGAAAGGAGUUCUUGAAAAUACUGGAAGUGUUGGCCUCUCACUAAUGGUUUGGAUUAUUAGCGGAAUUUUCUCAAUGAUUGGUGCAUAUUGUUAUGCAGAGUUGGGAUGUAUGAUCACAAAGACUGGCGCCGAUUAUGCAUAUAUUAUGGAAUCGUUUGGUCCUUUCUUAGCAUUUAUUAGACUUUGGAUUGAAUGUAUGAUUGUACGUCCCUGUUCUCAAGCCAUCGUCGCCCUAACCUUUUCUUUCUACGCGUUGAGACCCAUAUUUCCUGACUGUGAACCACCUGAAGAUGCUGUUAGAUAUUUGGCCUGUAUUUGCAUCGGUUUAUUAACAUUUGUCAACUGUUGGGAUGUAAAGUGGUCGACAAGAGUUCAAGAUUUUUUCACUUAUGGCAAACUCAUAGCUUUGAUCACAAUUAUCAUCACUGGAAUCGUUCAGCUUUGCAAAGGUCAUACGGAACACUUUACAUUCAAUAGAGACCCAUUGAUACCCAAUGUAGACAUCACUACAAUUGCUCUAUCAUUCUAUUCGGGAUUAUUUGCAUACAAUGGAUGGAAUUACUUAAAUUUUGUAAUUGAAGAGUUAAAGGAACCACAUAAGAAUUUGCCGAAAGCCAUAUUUAUAUCAUGUAUUUUAGUGACAGUUGUUUACACAUUGACUAUAAUUGCAUUUCACUCGACUUUAAGUGUUGCCGAAGUUUUACAGGCAGAAGCAGUAGCCGUCACAUUUGCUGAACGAUUAUAUGGAUUUAUGGCAUGGAUUGUACCAGUAUUUGUUGCUAUGUCUACAUUUGGUGGCGUCAAUGGUAUCCUAUUUACAUCAUCCAGACUGUUUUACGCCGGAGCCGAGCAAAAGCAAAUGCCGGAGAUAUUAUCAAUGAUACAGAUAUCGCAUUUGACUCCAACUCCUGCUGUGAUUUUUAUGUGCAUUUUAUCGCUCGUGUAUUUGGCAUCGAAAGACAUAUACGCACUGAUAAAUUAUGUGGGAUUUGCCACGUGGUUGGCCAUUGGAUUAGCUGUUGCUUGUCUUCCAUAUCUUCGAUGGAAACAACCUGAUCUUCCACGACCUAUAAAAGUGAACCUAAUUUGGCCAAUUAUCUACAUUAUUGCAUCCAUUUUUAUAACUGUAGUUCCAAUGUUGGCGGAUCCAGUAGGCACUGGGUUUGGAGUUCUUAUCAUAUUAACAGGAGUUCCCGUUUAUUUUAUUUUUAUUGCCUGGAAAAGGAAACCUAAGCCAAUACAAAAUGCUAUCGAUUGGAUUACAUUAACACUACAAAAGGUGAUGGUUGUGGUGCCAUCAGAAAAAUCUCAACAAAUUUAAUCACUGUUUCUCUAAUUUUUUGUUAACAUGUGAUAAAUAGUCAUCGAUAUUAUAUUUAUAUAAUUUAGACAUUUAUCAAUGUAUAACAAAUAUGAUAUAAUUUGCAACUAUUGAAAUCAAUUAAAUGUAUAAUGUCUAAUAUUAACUGUAACGUCGUUUUGAAAUUUGAAACAAUUUAUGACAAUUAAUUAAUUUUUCAUUUAUAACAAUUAUAUAUAUAGUAUAUACCUAUAUAUUAAUACUGAUAUUAUGAGUGAUUUAAUUUUGAAAAUACCAGUGUUUUGUUUAAGUUUUGAUUUUUAUUUAGACUUUUUAUACACAGUAUAUUAAAAUAUUUAGUAAACAUAUUUGUUUAGCCCACUAAGUCAAUUGACUAUUAUAUC